AUGGAUUCAGAUUUUGGGAUAGCGAGAGAAUUGUCCGAUCUCCAAAAGCUUCGAUCUCAGUACCAACCAGAGCUCCCCCCUUGUCUUCAGGGGACUACUGUCCGUGUAGAAUUUGGUGAUGCAACCACUGCUGCAGACUCCUUUGGUGCCCACACCAUAAGCCGGUCUUUUCCACACACUUACGGUCAGCCUUUAGCACACUUUCUUAGGGCAACUGCCAAAGUCCCUGAUGCCCAGAUAAUUACUGAGCAUCCAGCAAUUAGGUAUGGGACUACUGUCCGUGUAGAAUUUGGUGAUGCAACCACUGCUGCAGACUCCUUUGGUGCCCACACCAUAAGCCGGUCUUUUCCACACACUUACGGUCAGCCUUUAGCACACUUUCUUAGGGCAACUGCCAAAGUCCCUGAUGCCCAGAUAAUUACUGAGCAUCCAGCAAUUAGACAAUCUCCCGGAGGACAUAAUGUCAUAUGGGGUCUUCACAAUGCUCUCAAGAUUCACAACCCUAACAGUUCUUUGCUUGGAUUUUUGGGUGGUUCUGAAGGUAUAUUUGCACAAAAGACCCUUGAGAUCACUGAUGACAUUCUUGCAACCUACAAAAAUCAAGGUAGUUAUGACUUACUAGUGGUUGGGAUUCCUGUUACUUUGAAUGGAGAUCUCAAAAACCAAUUUGUUGAAACAAAUGUUGGUUUUGAUACCAUAUGUAAGGUUAAUUCUCAGCUCAUCAGCAAUGUCUGCACAGAUGCUCUUUCAGCAGAGAAGUAUUAUUACUUUGUCCGACUCAUGGGACGAAAGGCAUCACAUGUUGCUUUGGAAUGCACUCUCCAGUCACAUCCAAACAUGGUCAUUCUUGGUGAGGAGGUGGCUGCAUCAAAGCUUACUCUUUUUGACCUGACAAAACAGAUUUGUGAUGCAGUACAAGCCCGGGCGGAACAAGAUAAGUACCACGGAGUCAUCCUGCUACCCGAGGGGCUUAUAGAAAGCAUUCCUGAAGUCUAUGCUCUCUUGCAGCACAUUAUGCCCAACCUUAGUUUGAUGAUAUCUAAAAGAAGUCUUUUAUGCUUGCUACCAGGUGGUUCUGAAGGUAUAUUUGCACAAAAGACCCUUGAGAUCACUGAUGACAUUCUUGCAACCUACAAAAAUCAAGGUGGUUAUGAUUUGCUGGGAAGAACAAAAGAUCAAAUAAGAACAACUGAGCAAGUCAAUGCUGCGCUCAACACAUGCAGAGAUUUGAAGUUGGAUGGCCUUGUCAUUGUCGGAGGGGUGACAUCAAACACAGACGCUGCUCAGCUUGCUGAAACUUUUGCAGAAGCAAAAUGGCCAACUAAGGUGGUUGGGAUUCCUGUUACUUUGAAUGGAGAUCUCAAAAACCAAUUUGUUGAAACAAAUGUUGGUUUUGAUACCAUAUGUAAGGUUAAUUCUCAGCUCAUCAGCAAUGUCUGCACAGAUGCUCUUUCAGCAGAGAAGGUCAUUCUUGGUGAGGAGGUGGCUGCAUCAAAGCUUACUCUUUUUGACCUGACAAAACAGAUUUGUGAUGCAGUACAAGCCCGGGCGGAACAAGAUAAGUACCACGGAGUCAUCCUGCUACCCGAGGGGCUUAUAGAAAGCAUUCCUGAAGUCUAUGCUCUCUUGCAGGAAAUUCAUGGUCUGCUGAGGCAAGGUGUUUCUGUUGAUGGCAUUUCUACGCAAUUGUCACCUUGGGCAUCAGCUUUGUUUGAAUUUUUGCCUCCCUUCAUUAGAAAACAGCUGCUUCUCCAUCCAGAAUCAGAUGACUCUGCUCAGCUAUCCCAGAUUGAGACGGAGAAACUCCUCGCGCAUCUCGUGGAAGCAGAAAUGAACAAGCGAUUGAAAGAAGGAACAUACAAGGGUAAAAAAUUUAAUGCUAUCUGCCACUUCUUUGGCUAUCAAGCUCGGGGGUCUUUACCUUCAAAGUUUGAUUGUGACUACGCAUACGUUCUUGGGCACAUUUGCUACCAUAUUCUGGCAGCUGGGCUGAAUGGUUAUAUGGCUACUGUAACUAACCUGAAAAAUCCUUUGAACAAGUGGCGUUGUGGUGCUGCUCCAAUAACUGCAAUGAUGACUGUGAAGCGUUAUGGUCGUGGUCCUGGGGCCUUACCAAUUGGGAAACCUGCCGUGCAUCCUGCGACCGUCGAUUUGACAGGCAAAGCAUAUGAGUUACUGAGACAAAAUGCAACCAAAUUUUUGAUGGAUGAUGUUUACAGAAACCCAGGGCCCCUUCAGUUUGAUGGUACAGGUGCUGAUGCCAAGGCUGUAACUCUGUGUGUUGAAGACCAGGAUUACAUGGGUCGUAUCAAGGCACUGCAGGAAUAUCUCAACAAGGUGCGGAUGAUUGUGAAACCAGGAUGCUCACAGGAUGUUCUGAAAGCAGCUUUGAGUGCCAUGACUGCUGUGACUGAUAUUCUCUUGACCAUGACCUCACCUUCAAACGUUUUGUGUAAGACAGAAAAAGCUUACAAAGCACAUGUUGUGGUGCUUGCAUAUCAUGGACAAGGCCACAUAAAUCCAAUUGUCCAAUUUUCUAAACGUCUGGCCUCGAAAGGAAUCAAAGUCACAGUAACUACCAAACUCUCUACUACCAAGACCAUGCAAGCAACAGCGGGCUCAAUUAUAUUCAAGCGCCUGUAA